GUCUGGAAUUAAAAGCAGUGGACUAGGAACUGCUCGCGCUUAGACUUACGCCAGGGGUUGGCGCAAACAGAGCCACUUGUCGCUGGUGCUCAGGUUCAUUGGAAUUUCUACGCUACGAAAGAUUACAAAUAUGGAUGCGGCCACAAGUAAAAUGGUCAGUGGGGCGGUGAAGCAUCCCGUUUUGUUGGCGGAUCCCUGGUUUAUGCUCUUCGUGCUGGGCCUCUACCUGUACCUCGUGAACAGCGUUCUUCCGCAGUUCAUGCUGUUCCGCAAGCCGUUCGAACUCAAGAAAGUGAUGCUGCUGCACAAUCUCAUCCAGGUGGUGUCCUGCGUUUACGUCAUCCGGGAGAUUCUCUUCGUCACGGACAAUGGGAUUAUGUACUUCUGGAAGUGCCGUGAACUGGGCCAAAGUGCCGAGCAUGUCCGGCGACAUUUCAGCCUGGCAUACUUCCUCUUUUGGCUGAAGCUGUCCGAGCUGGUGGAGACGAUGAUUUUCGUACUGCGCCAGAACAGAACCAAGCUGCACCUCUUCCACCACGUGGCCACUCUGACGCUCGUCUACGUGCUGAUUCACUUCAACCAAAACGGUUCAGCCGCCUACUUCUGCGCCUUCCUCAACUCCAUUGUGCACAUCAUCAUGUACUCCUACUACUUCGUAGCCGCGGUGGCGGACAAGUCCAUAGUCCGCUCCCUGCGGCCCAUCAAAAAGUCCAUCACGGUGAUCCAAAUGGUGCAAUUCGUGCUCAUGCUGGUCCAGCUGCCAACCCAGAUAAUCCUGUGCGGCGUGCCCCGGGGAGUAAUCGUCUACUUUGGCACCGUGAUUUCUGCCAUGUUCUACGGGUUCUACGACUUCUACACUAAUGCCUACACGUCUGGGCAGAGCGUCAAAGCCCGGAAGUGAACCAAAAUAGACACGAAAUAAAUAGCCACAGCAGAAA